AUGAUCAAUUAACCACAACACAAGGUACUCUUUGAUUAAUUAACUAAACUAUCCUUAAUCUUAAGUGCAUUAUGUCAUGAUGUAGGUCAUACAGGUAGAACAAAUAUAUUUGAAAUCAAUAAUUUUUCUGAAAAAGCUAUUAGAUAUCAUGAUAAAAAUGUAUUAGAAUAAUACCAUGCUGCUACUGCACUCAAAUUAUUAUUAAAAGAGAGAAUGAAUUUCUUAAAGAAUAUAGAUUUUAGGUAAUUUAGAGAAAAAUUCAUUCAGAAUAUUAUAUUUACUGAUAAAUAAGAACAUUUCAAUUUACUCAAAUUUUUUGAAGCAAAUAAUGAAAAAGAUAUAAAAAUUAUAACUGGUAUGAUCAUUCAUACUUCUGACUUUGCAGGAGCAUCUGCAAAAUGGCCUAUUUCUAAAUAAUGGUCCUUAAGAGUUAAUCAAGAAUUUUAAGCAUAAUUUGAAGAGGAAGGAAGAUUAGGAUUACCUUAAUAACCAUUUAUGAAAGAUUUACAGAAAGUAUUUAAUUUAUUUUUAUUUAGAUAUCUGUUCUAUCAAAAUCAGAAAUAGGUUUUUAUAAAUUCUUUGUUCGUCCCUUGUAUGUAUCAUUGUCUAAAUUUAUGGAUCAUUAAUUAUAGGAUAGAAUCGAUAAUAUCGAUGAAACAAUAAUCGAGUGGGAUUCUCUAGCAUCAUUAGAGAAUCAAUAACAAUGA